AUGUCAACAGCAAUAUCCAUCAAAGAAUUGGCGUCUCGAAAUCCGGAUCCUUCGACAGCCAAAGCCCAUCUUGUGGGCAACCCGCCUUCGGCUUUCGCGAAUCCUUGGCCUUCAUAUGAACAACCGCCUGGAGGAAGGCUUGAAUUGUUCAAGAUGCGGUUUGGCAAUCAUCCGGAGAAAAACUUCAUUCCUGUGCCGGAAGGACCGAAUGGUACUCGUUCAGACGAACUCGUCAAAGUUCUCGAGCCAAGCUGGGGCGUGGAUCAGAGAGAUAGAUUGAGAGCAACGUGGAUUGGGCAUGCUUCUUGGCUCGUUGAGACACCUGUGGCGAAGGGAGCUGAGAGGGGGCUGAGAGUUUUGUUUGACCCAGUGUUCAGCGAGAGGACAUCACCUUUUAGCUUUGCUGGUCCGAAGCGGUACACCCCUACGCCUUGCACGCUUGAUGAGCUGCCUGAAGUGGAUAUCGUCGCCAUCUCACACAAUCACUACGACCACCUCGACAUAGAGACAGUAAAGCCGAUGUAUGACCGAAGGAAAGGCAGAUUACAUUUCUUCGUUGCUCUCGGGAUCAAACAAUGGUUCUUGGAGCACGUUGGAUGCAGCGAUGACGAAGUGACGGAAUUGGACUGGUGGGAGAGUCGAGAGGCUAGUGUUGAUGGACUGGGAUCUAUCGAGUUGACAUGUUGCCCAGCACAACAUACCUCGGGGCGAACAGUAUGGGACGGCAACAAGACACUCUGGUGCUCCUGGGCGAUGAAGACGCUCCAAACCAACAAGAAUCUCUACUUCGCGGGCGACACCGCAUACCAGCUUCUGGGCACCCCAGCUCCAUGCCCAGCCUUCACGCAAAUCGGCCAGACACUAGGACCUUUCGACUUGGCCAUGGUACCCAUCGGUUUAUACAGUCCGAUGAAAUUCGCUUCAGCGGUCCAUGUGCAUCCUGAGCAGGCUCUCGAGAUCCACAAAGCUGUCGGAUCGAAAUUGAGCAUUGGAAUGCACUACGGCACUGUGCGAGGUGGAUUGUCUGCUGUGUUCGAACCGGUUACUGAUCCUCCACGACGAUGGCGUAAGGCGGCUGAGAAGGAAGGCAUUUGGUGCGGAGGCGGUGUGGAAGGAGGCGGUGCAGAUGCCGAUGUGAAGAAAGGCGGAGCUGGGCUGUGUCACGUUGGGGAGACUAUCACGGUCUAG